UAGUCACUCACGAUGUGCUUUCUCAUUGGUCACUGUGCGGUUCCGCGCAUGCUUCAGAUUGUUUUCUGUUUCCGGGGUUGCAGAGAUGGGGUCUUGCUAAACUGACACCGGCUGCUGUUUCUGUGAUCGUUUUGUUUUCAAGUCACACCAAUUUGUUUUGGGGUUUCAGUCGGUUCUCGGAAAUAACGCCUUGUCAAUCGGAACAUGUUUAUGUACAUUUGGCAGUACCUCUACACCUCUUUCUUAAGAUUUUGGCUGAAGUGGUUUAUAAGGCAGAUCACAGGAAAGUGUGAGCUGCAGCGGAUAUGUGAUGGAUACUCUCAAGGAGCAACAAGGACCAUGAAGACAGAAUAUUCUCUGGAGUCAUCAAAAAGUCAGAUUUUAAGAAAUGCAGUGAAUGCUGAAGAAUGUGAUUUGGAGAAGCAUGUUAAAGAUAUAAUCAAAAUAAAAAAGAUUAAUACAGAGAAGGAUACACAGUUUAAAUUAAGCCUUCAGGUCUGUUUACUUCAAAUAUCGGGCUACAAAAAGCUCUUCAUAGAUGUUGAAAAUGUAAGAAAGCAAACAUUUGAUUCUGAAAACAAGGAACAUGAAAACAAGCUUUUGAAGCUGUGGAACCUGUUGAUGCCACAAGUGAAGCUGGAGUCUAGGAUCACCAAGCAGUGGGGAGAUAUUGGUUUUCAAGGCGAUGACCCCAAAACUGACUUUCGAGGCAUGGGCAUGCUGGGCUUGACCAAUCUUGUUUUCUUUAGUGAGCAUCACUCUGAAGCGGCACGUCAGGUUCUUUCACACUCAAAUCAUCCCAAACUAGGAUAUUCAUAUGCAAUAGUGGGAAUAAACCUCACAGAGAUGGCUUACAGUUUGCUAAAGAGCGGUGCCCUCAAGCCUCACUUCUACAACCUGGUCCCUGGAAACCCUCGGCUGGAGCACUUCCAUAAGCUUUACUGUUACCUGGCAUAUGAGUUUGACAAGUUUUGGUUUAAGGAAGAACCUGAAAGCAUCAUGGAGUUUAAUCAGUACAGAGAAAAAUUCCAUGAAAAGGUGAAACGACUUUUACUGGAAGCAGAUGUGACCCUCACCUUGAAACUGGAUACUAAAGAGUAGCAGUUAUUUGGAGUGGAUAAUUAUACAGUAGCUGAUUUAUAUUUGUCAUGUUGUUUUCUUUAUUAACCCUUUUAAAUUAACCCCCCAAACCUAUGGUUUCCUAAUAUGUAUCUAUACCAAACUCUCCUUGGAAAACCUAUGACAAUCAUUUUGCUGUUUACAAAGAUUCUAGUCAGAAAAAACAGAAAUACUUUUUUUUUUUUGUAUUUUAAUAUAAAGUAAGACCUUACAACUUUAAAAAAAAUGCUAAUAAUAAAAUAAUGAACAGGGUUUGACAAUUUAAUUGCACAACUGGAAAUAUGAAGACUGCUGUGUAACAAAAUUCAUCAUGCAUACAAAGUCUCUUGCUUUAAAUAGCAUGUACUUCCGAGUGUGCAUUAUCGCAUUCAGUGUGAUUAGGUGCUAUGUAAUUGUGAAUGCUCAGGAAAACUAUUUAUUUCCAGAGUUUCUUGCUGUCUUGUUAUACAUCAUAAUUCACAUUAAUCAUGAUCAGCAUUUCACUGUUUUUUGCUUGUAUGUUUUUUUGUGUGUGUGUUUUUGUUUUUUCUUUUAAAAGCACCUGCAUAAUGUAUUAUCUAGUUAAUAUGUAAGAAUACAUUUCACUUUUAUUAGAGCUAUGUAUAAGCUCUAACAAAUGCUGUUAGAAGAGAACCACAUCAAUGUUAGUCUUCCCUAAAUGUGUGUUUAGUAAAAUUCAUUUGAUACUGUA